UCCUCCCAUGCUUUAUAUACUCCGCCCCGCCCUUUCUCACUGAGUUCUAAAGUUCUUCUUUGUGUAGACCGACAAGUCGUAGGCUGACUCAGAAUAAGAAUCAUGGUUCAAGCUAAAACAUGGAUCUUGACCAAGCACUUUGACGGCUUCCCAAAGGACAGCAACUUUGAGCUCAAGGUAGAGGAGCUUCCCGAACCCAAAGAUGGGGAGGUGCUUUUGGAGGCAGUGUUUCUCAGUGUGGACCCGUACAUGAGGGUGUUCAGUAGGUUCAGCAUGAAUGAAGGAAAUAUGAUGAUUGGAACUCAAGUGGCCCGAGUGAUCCAAAGUAAAAAUCCAGCAUUUCCUGUGGGUAGCCAUGUUGUCGCUCGCAGUGGCUGGAGAACGCACACAGUCUGCGAUGGGACAGGCCUCACACCCAUCAUGGCUGACUGGCCUCAAGGCGUCUCAUUGUCACUGGCUCUGGGUACCAUCGGCAUGCCAGGACUGACGGCUCUGUAUGGGAUUGAGGAGGUCUUGGGACUCCAAAAGGGUGAGACCUUGCUGGUAAAUGCAGCAGCAGGGGCAGUGGGAUCUGUGGUGGGCCAGAUUGCCAAGCUCAAAGGCUGCAAGGUGGUGGGCUCAGCAGGGUCUGAUGCUAAGGUGGCAUUCCUUAAAAAGCUGGGAUUUGAUGAGGCCUUCAACUACAAGACUGUUGGCUCCUUGGAGGAGGCACUUAAGAAGGCAUCUCCAGAUGGAUAUGACUGCUUCUUUGAAAAUGUGGGAGGCUCUUUUUCAGAUGUUGCCUUGCAACAAAUGAAGAACUUUGGGAGAAUAGCUGUGUGUGGAAGUAUCUCUGGGUAUAAUGAUACCACCCCACAGACAGGCCCAUACCCUCACCUCACCAUGAUUGUCAAGCAGCUUAAGAUGGAGGGCUUUAUGCAGACUAGGUGGGAGCACAAGCAUCCUGAAUCUCUCAAGAGACUGAUGGGAUGGUUGAAAGAGGGCAAACUGCAGAGUCGGGAGCAUGUGACAAAAGGUUUUGAAAACAUGCCAGCUGCUUUCAUGGGGCUGCUGCGGGGAGAAAACAUCGGCAAGGCUAUUGUCGCAGUUUGAUGUGGAUCACAGGAGUAGAGAAGAAUCAGUGUUACCAAUAACGACACAUCACUACGGAAAACCUAUAUGAAGGACUGAGACACAUAGUGUACAAUUAAUCUGAACACUUUUGGCUAACUUUGCCUAUUUGAACAUUUCUGUAAUCACAGUAAUAACAAAUUAUAGAUGAAAGCAGCAUUAAAGCAACUGUUUUCUAAUUCAGGCAUGCAGAGCGUAAUUUGAUUUGAGUGUAGAUCAUUUGGAAGAGACCAGACUGCUGGAGAAAAUCGUCAAGUAAGAAGCAAUGAAAUCAAAACCCUAGGAUGAUACCUGACUAUUGGUCUGUAUGCAAGCAAGUACUGUACAUUGAAGGACUGCGUGGGUCUGCUGCUCGUACCUUCAUGCAUUAUUUACUCUAACAUAAUU